CGGGGGCAGUGGUGGGGCUUGCCCGGUCCUGCCUGGCUCUAGCCCGAUUCUCCGUAUUCUCUCCCAGCGGCGACCUCGGCCGUUCACAUGGCCUGGGAUGCCAGGAGCCGGGCCUGUCUGAGCGACUCUGCCCUCAGCCUGGGGGUGCAGCAGGAGGGUGCUACCCCCCAUAGUGAGGUUGAGGGCACAGACCGGUCCUGGAGCUGGCUGCAUCCCUGGGGGCGAGGAAUGGGCCAGCUCCUCAGCUGCCCUCCAGCCUGCCGGCAAGGCCCCAGGCUGCUCCCCUGCUUGGCGUGACAUUUGCGGUUGGGCCUUGGCUCUUCCACUUCCCCCUGGUGUGGGAGGUUGUGUGGAGCUGUGUGAAGUCACAGCCAGCUGCUCCCUAGAGCGCCCCUUGCUGGGCAAGGCCGGGACUGGACUCGGGGUGGGUGUGCAUAGGAAGGGCUCUGUGGGGCAGCCCCUGGCUCCUCUGCCUCCCAGCGGGGCUCUGGGGAGCGGGCGUGGGGAGUCCACGGGGCGGCUCUGACACCACCGUGCCUUGCAGGCCACGGGCCAGGCAGGCUCAGAGGACGAGACUCUGGAGGAGGAGCUGAUGGAUGGCGACGGGUCCCGCCCCUGGACCCCACAGGAGAAGGCCCUGCACGAAGCCCGGCUCAAGGCCAAGGCCAAGCAGCGCCUGCGGCGCACCUCGUCCCGGGACUCCACCCGGGAGCCAGCACCCGAGGGGGGGGAGCCCAGCCCCGACCCCAGCAGCCCCAAGGGCAAGACCAACGACAGGAAGUCACGCAUGGGCAAGGGCCGUGGGCUCCCCAAGAAAGGUGGCGCUGGGGGCAAGGGCGUGUGGGGUGCACCUGGCCUGGUGUACGGGUACCAGGAGCCCGACGCGCGGGACCCCAACUACGACGAGUCAUCUCAGGGCGACACGGUCUAUGCCACAGUGACGCCGGAGCUGGAGGAGGGGGAGCUGGAGAAGAAUGUGCACCCCAUGGUGCUUGAGUACUUUGAGCAUGGGGACACCCUUGAGGUGAUGGAGCUGCUGAGGGAGCUGAACCUGGGCAGCAGGAAGCAUGCCGUCCCCUCACUGGCUGUGGCGCUGGCGCUGGAGGGCAAGGCCAGCCACCGGGAGCUGACCUCCCGCCUGCUCUCGGACCUCGUGGGCAAGGUCAUGACCUCAGAGGACAUCGCCAGGGCCUUUGACAAGAUGCUCAAGGACCUGCCUGACCUUAUACUGGACACUCCUGAGGCUCCGCAGAUGCUGGGCCAGUUUAUUGCCCGGGCCGUGGCUGACCAUGCCCUGCCCCUGGACUUCCUGGACCGCUACAAGGGGCGCGUGGACUGUGAGCACGCCCGGGCUGCCCUGGACCGUGCCGCAGUGCUGCUCCGUAUCAAGCGGGACGUGAACCAGUUGGACAACGUGUGGGGAGUGGGGGGUGGCCAGAGGCCCGUGAAGCAUCUCAUCAGAGAGAUGAACCUGCUGCUGCGCGAGUACCUGCUGUCCGGGGAGGUGUCGGAGGCAGAGCACUGCCUGCGGGAGCUGGAGGUCCCUCACUUCCAUCAUGAGCUGGUCUAUGAGGCUGUAGUGAUGGUGCUGGAGUCCACGGGUGAGACUCCUGUCGUCAUGAUGGUAAAACUGCUCAAAGUGCUGUGGGAGACGGGCCUGGUGACCUUGGACCAGAUGAACCGGGGCUUUCAGCGAGUCUAUGACGAGCUUGGAGACAUCAGCCUGGAUGUGCCCCUUGCUCACCGUAUCCUGGAGCGGCUGGUGGAUCUCUGCUUCGAGGAGGGAGUUAUCACCAAGCAGCUGAGAGACACCUGCCCAGCCAGGGGCCGGAAGCGAUUUGUGAGCGAGGGUGAUGGGGGGCAGAUCAAGCAGUAACUGGCCAUCUCAUCCGCCCCAGCCCGACAGUCCCCUGGAGGUGAUUGAUGUCCCCCAGCUCUGGAGUUCCUCCUUGUCUGUCUCCAACUGGGAAUGGUGCCAGGGAACCACCCAGCCCCCAGAGGGGGUGGUGCAGAGGCUGUGAUGGAUCUUGGGGGGAGGUGGGGGAGGUAAGGUGGGGUCCAGGAGCAGGGAGGGGGCUGGUGGGCUGAUCUCCCAGCUGGGGCUGCCCUGGAGCAGGAAGGGAGGGCUGGGCGCAGCUGCAGGACUCUUGCCCCCUCCAUCUCCCUGCAGCCCUAGCUGGAAGAUGCCCCUCCCUCGCCUAGUGGGGCUGUGUCUUAACAACCAUGCUGUGUCUGUGCCCCCCCCCGUUCCCAGCUUGGCUCCAUGCAGUGGGGUUAGGAAGGGGGCAUUUCCUCUCUCCCUCGCCCCAGUCUCUUAUGCUGGCUAGUGCAGGAAAGGGCUUGCUUCUCACUCUACCCCCAGGGGGGCGGGGGGAGCUCAGCUUGGGGGCUUUGGGAUUCCUUCCUUCCCCACAAUGGAGCAACUGAGGUCACCCCACGUCAGUCCAGCUGAAGGGGCCUGGAGGCGCAGGCCUGGCUGUAACUCCAUCUGCAGCAUUCUCCCUGGCGCCCCCCUUCCCACCCCAGGGCGUGGACUGCAGACUGGGCUGGGUAAAACCAGCCUGUCUUAGGGGAAGGCAGUGUGUCCUUACGCUGCCCCGGGAGCGGAGCUGGGGGCUUGCAAGAGACAUGUCCAGGCCUCUCCCCUGGGCUGGGCACCUGGCCACACAGGACAAGCUGCUUCCUUGUAUCUUAUGCCAAGGGCCAGGAACAAUCUCCAGAGCAAAGGAUUCUGGGUCACACUGAUCAGCUUGCAUCAUGGGCAGUGAUACAGGUAAGGGGGCCACACCCAGCUCCCCACAUCUCAGCUCUGCUCCUCUUCUAGGCAGAGAUCCUGCUCUCCCCCUGGACCCACAUAAGCACUGCCCCAGAGACUAGGCUCAGCUCUGCCCCUAAGGGGAUUGGCUGAGUAUUACCCACAAUCCACUGCCUUGUGCCACCCUACGACUCAUGACAGUGGAGCUGCCCUGGGCUGCAGCAGUGG